AUGAGCAACAUGACUGAGCGAGAUAAAAAAUUGAAGAAAAAGCAGGCGAUCAUCUUUGAGCCGAAGGAAACCGCACAAAGUCGUGUGAAGGCGUGUAUCUCGCUGAUGGAACUUCUGAAUGAAGAAGAGUUUCAUUCUCUUAUCAUUUUGGAGAAGCAGAAAUUCUCCGCGUUUUUAGUUGAUGUCUCCAAUUACAUGCAACUGCACACCAAGAAAGGGAGAAUUUCUGUCCCCCUUAAAGAAGCGGUUCUUCAUGUUCGGAUCAUCGAGCGGAUAAUCUUUGUUUUCAAUUACACAGACAUCUGUGUUUUCGAAUUGUUUAGUAAGUUUUUCAUGAAUUACCUCAAGAUCGACACAAAUGAACAACUGCGAGAGCAAUCAUUUUUGGUGUUAAUUAAAGCAGUUGUCCAUUACAAAUACCAAAAGGAUUUGGUUGACUUAUUUGUGAAGAGUUUGAAUUUGAACACCAUUUAUAAUUCCAAUAGUCUCCCAUCCCUUGGCACUGGAUAUGGCGAAAACCUGUUCUGUCCAAAUGAAGGCGAAAUUGAUCAGAAAUUCGCGUCACUCAAAAUGUUGAACAACUUCUUUACUGAAUUCAAGAAGCCGGAUGAUUAUGACAGUCUUUUCCCUCUCUUAGAAGUGAUUCUUUCAUGGACGUACCCGUCUUUUGCAAAGAAAGUUGGUUAUAAAUAUAUUGAAGAAAACCCGUCAUGUGGCGUCGAGGAACCUUCUGGUACUGUUAUACAAACAACUCUCAACAUGUUGAAAGAUCUUGUGAAUUCGACGGUCUCAAAACAACUGAGAACAAGAGACAAUUUGCUUAUGUUCUUCCAGUUCUUCUAUCAGAAAGCCCUUGCACUCCCACCUACCGAUGAAACUAUAAGUAUCGUCCUUGUCACUAUCAGCUCGAUGAUUGAGUUAUUUAUCACCAACGUUUUUACAUAUAAAAACACGGAGAAUGUCCAGAAGAUUCAACUCUUUAUUAUAUCCGCGUUAAAACCGUUUUGUGAGAAGACGAUAUUUACGGGGAGUCCAGUCAAAGCCAAGGAACUCACUCUCAACAUCAAAAAAGAAUUGCAGAAGUUUGGAAAGGCAAACAUCUCUGAAGAACUGAAAGUUGAAAUCAUUAAAACGACAUUGUUUGCUAUUGAGUGGUUUGUCAGCGCAAACUUUGGCGACUCGAUCACAAGUUACGUUGAUUUGCUUUUUGUGUUGUUUUUGAAUUGGAAUCGAGGGGCCGAAGACUGGGAAUUGCUAAGAACAUCGAUGGAAAAACACUUUGGUAAUCCUUUUGUUAUUGCACAGAUCAAAUCAAAGUUGUUGCAUUGUUCUCGACUUGUGUUGCGCGAUUACUACUCGAAAUUGUUGUUAGAAAACACAGACGAUGUUAUAGUCAGUAACAAAAAGGUGUUGCGAUCAACGCAUUUGGAUAAUUUGGAAGAUGUCUUUAUCGCACCAUCAUUCGAAGAUAAAUUCAUGAAUGAUUUCCCCGACUUGGCGUCAGAAAGUGGAUUAAAUGUGUUUAACCUUGUCUUUUCAUUACUUUCGAAAAUUAAUGAUAUACCAAAAGAUAUCCACUAUGACUGUGCUAUCAAAACAUUGUAUGACAUUUUCAUCAUAUUUGUGAAGGCGGAAACGAAAUUAUAUCGAUUACAUGUCGAAUCGCAACCCAAUCACCCCGUCUUAAUCAACAUCUUUGGAUCGCUAUUUUUCAAUGCUUUGAAGCUUGAGAUCUCACCACAAAGUUACGAGUUGUGCUUCAGAGGGAUAUGUAAAAUAGUGAACCGCCCAUAUGUUAAGUACCCAUUAGAAGUAUACAACAAUUUGUAUGAAAUCUCUUUGAAAGCGUUAGAAGUGAUACCAACAGUAGUUAUGGAAGAGUUAUACGACGUGUUGUUCAACCAACUUCCUGGGUGGCAGAUUCUUGUCUUCCCCCUUUUGGAAAAGUUUACGAGUAUUAAAGCAGAGGAUUUCAAAGAGUCACAAAACAUUAACCGUGACUGUCAAGUUGUGCUCUUGUUGAACAGUUUAGUUUCUGCAAAGGAGACAUCACCACAUUUAGAGCGGGUACUCACUACAAAUGGCUUCGAGAAGUCUGAUUUUGAUGCUUUAUUAGUCAAGUCAUACACAAACAUGUUAACUGUUUUGACUCAAAAACAGAGUCAAGAGAUGAUGAUCUAUGGUGUAGUUUGUGCCAUAUUGUACAGUCGCAUUCGAAAGAUACAGUCCGACAUUACUUCCUUGUUACAAAUUCUCUUUGAUAAAAUCUGUGAUAAAGAAGAGGACAUUUAUCGCACAGUGAGUGAGUCUGUUGGAGUGUUGGCCUUUUUCAGUGAUUACUUCAACGAAGACGAUGUCCGCCUGAUCUUAACAAAUGUGUUAAACAAAGUGCAAUCCACGGAAAUCGCCAGUGAAAACAUCGCCUGUUUAUUCGACGCACUGACAAAUUGGGCUUUCUCUCCAAGUGGCAUUUUUGUGAAGUCGUUGACCCCCGAACUGUCGGUGUUGAUGCUCAACACCGUCUCCUAUGCAAUGAAUCUUCCAAGACCACAACAUUCAGCAGACCCUGCUGUCAAUAUCGUGCAUGUGCUGCUGAAGUGCCGAAAUAUCAUACAAACGUUUAUGAAUGCGUUUGGGUUUGUACCCAGUGAGCACGGGAGUGAUAAGUAUAUGUACCAAGGGGUUGAAGGUGGUGAUGUUUCCUGGUAUGCAUGUGGUCAUACCAUUAUGUCGAUAGAAAAGGGGUCGACGGAAGAGUUCUGUAAAAUAAUUCUCCGGAAUGCCGCAGGGAAAACGUGUUGGGGUGUUCAGAGUGCGACUGUUCUCGAAGAUCUUGAACUUGCAAGUGAAGAAUUGAAGCAACGAGUGAAAAUUCAAGAUAUAGUGAAAGGAUAUCCCAAUCAAGAAGUGAAGGACCGGAAAGUGAAAUUGGGACAAAACGUUCUUCGUGAGAUGUAUGAAAUCACAUUGAAAGAGGAAGGACAAAUAUUAUCAUGGGGAAUACCUGGAGGCAUCGAAGAAGAUGCAUAUACAGAUGAGUUAGAGUUGAUGGGGAAGAGUGUCCAAAGUAUCGAGAGUGAUAUGAAAGAGCUUGGAUCAGCUAUUCAAGGACCAAAUGAAGAAAAAAAAGUGAAGUUAGAAGUCGACACCACCAAGUUACAGAUUCAAAGUAUGUUGUGUGCUGUUGAGAACAUCGAUGAGAUGGGGAAAGUGAACAAGCGGGUGGUACCCUUAAAUCCGAGUGAUAAGUUUAAAAUACUUCUCUCGAACCUUGACAAAUCAAGUGUUCGCCCAUUCCACAAAAUUGGGUUAGUUUACGUCCAAAAGGGGCAAACCGAUCAGCUUGACAUUUUAAAGAAUGAAGGAGCAAGUGAUGAGUACCAAGAGUUUGCAGAAGGACUUGGAUGGACUGUUGACAUGAAGAAGCACAACGGGUUCAUUGGUGGGCUCGACAAAGUGUUUUGUACGACUGGUGAGAAGAUACGAUAUUACUCCGACUCAUCAAAGGAAGUAGUCUUCCAUGAUGUUGUAUUAAUUCCAACACAGGCCGACGAUGAGCAACAAAUUGUCAAGAAGCGUCAUGUAGGCAAUGACUACGUUCAUAUUAUAUGGAAUGAAGAUGGUGAAUACUCUCCAUACACCAUAUCGAGUCACUUCAACUCAGCACAUAUUGUUGUGAAUCCUCUUGGGAAAGGAAUGUAUAAAAUCCGCAUCUGGAGGAAACCAAAUGUCCGCCUCUUUGGUCCUCUGAUGGAUGGGAUGGUCAUCACAAAGAAAUUGUUGCCAAGUUUGGUCAGAGAGACUGCGGUGAAUGCAAAUUACUGUUGUUCACUUAACAUGUCACCUGAUGACUACUUAAAGCCUUAUCUAAGACGAUCAACUCUCAUCAAAGAGAUUAUCGAGAAGAAUGAUCCGUUUGAAAAGGCGUCGUAUUUCAACACACUCACAACUGUCACAAACCCACAGGUCGUGUCUGAAUUGGGGAAAAAGUGA